AACGUUACGUAGACCACGUGACUUAAACCAGGAAGCGAGUCGAGUGUCAACAUUAAAAUGGUAGAGAUGGCGUCUUCAGACUGGCACCUGUCUUUGAAGCUGGUGGAUCAGCCCAAAUCCAUCUUCCACUUCCCAGAGAUGAUGCCAGGAGAUGUUCCCCCUGGAGGAUACAGAAUCGCCACUUUAAAACAACUUGUUGCAGCACAGAUCCCAGACUCCAUCCCAGACCCUGAACUAAUAGAGCUGGUCCACUGUGGGCGAAAACUUAAGGACGACCUAACUCUGGAUGCCUGUGGGAUUCAACCAGGAUCAACCAUACACAUCCUCAAAAAGACUUGGCCAGAGCCAGAGAGCAGUUCAGAGCCUGUGAACAGAGCAACUGCAGCCAGGGAAUUCAGGGUGUUUCAUGCUGCUCUUCACUCUCUCAACUCUGCCUACAGAGACUCAGUAUAUAAAAUGCUGACAAAUAAAGAGUCUCUGGAUCAGAUCAUCGUAGCUACACCAGGGCUCAGGUCUGACCCAGUUGCCCUUGGGGUGCUCCAAGACAAAGAUCUCUUUGUGCAGUUCACAGACCCCAACAUGCUGGACGUAUUGAUCGGUUCACACCCGGCGCUUGUCAAUGCCAUCAUCCUGGUCCUGCACUCUGUGGCGGGCAGCAUGCCCGCUCAGUCCAGUGCCAGCUCUUCUCGCAAUGUCUCUGCCAGUUCUUACAGCGAUAUGCCAGGUGGCUUCAUGUUUGAGGGCAUGUCUGAUGACGAGGAAGAUUUCCAGUCUGGGAGCCCAGCAGGUCCCUCCAACAGAGCGGGAGGCUCAGCGGGAAUACGACCGGUGUCUCUGAGCCACAGUGGAGCGACAGGCCCCCGACCAAUAACACAGAGUGAGCUGGCAACGGCUUUGGCCCUCGCAAGCACUCCCGACAGCAGUGCGGUCACUCCGACAACUUCAAGCCAGGCCGACCCCUCCAGUGGUGUAGCCCCGAUGCCAGCAGGGACCCCAGUCAGUAAUGAUCUGUUCAGCCAGGCUCUACAGCAAGCUCUGCAAGCUUCCAACAUGUCUGCUCUACAGGGCCGCUGGCAGUCCCAGAUGCAGCAGCUGAGGGACAUGGGGAUCCAGGAUGAGGAGCUGAUGCUGAGGGCGCUGCAGGCCACAGAUGGUGACAUCCAGGCUGCCUUGGAGCUCAUAUUUGCUGGAGGCCCUGGACUCUGAGCCCAUACCCCACGGACGAAAGCCUUUAUAGAGGAGAGAGGACAGGAAAAAGCUUUUUAUCCUGCUGCCCAGACAUUAUAAAUUAUGGCUUUAGACAUUAACUAUACAGAUUUUUGUAUUAUUAUUGUUAUUAAUCCAUUUACCCAAUUUACAUACAGUUUAACAUCCAAGCUCCACGAAGGUCAUGGCAUUGUUUUCUUAUUGAUGUGACUAUACUUGGAAUAAAUUCAAACAUGCUUACCUCA